AUGACUGUUAUAGAUACCAAUGAAUAUUUAGGGAACUCAACAACAAGGACAUUACAUAGAAUAGAACUAUCUGAGCUUUCAAAACCUAUUGAAGAUGAAUUGGUUUCAAAUACCCCUAGUCUAGCUGAAACCAAAAAAGCAUCCAUAAUUGAGCCACCAGUGAGACAAACUGAAACUCCAAAGAUCACAUUGAAGGAUAUUUCAGUAAAUUAUAAUGAUGCCACUGUUGAUAAUACAAGUGAAAUCUUGGAGAAAUAUGGUGUGGUUAUUGUUAAAGAUUUCAUGAACAAUGUUCAAUUGGAUAAAAUUAAAUCAGAACUUGAUCCAAUAUUUGACUCUAAAAAAAAUGAUCCAAGAUUGUAUCCAAAGGAAACAAUAAGGGUGACUGCUUCUGUUUCUAAAUCACCAGCUGUUGUUCACGAAGUUUUAAAAAAUCCAUUACAUGUUCAAUUAAGUGAGAAAUUUUUAGCUAAAAAAAAUGCAUUUUGGAUUGGUAAUAAUUUGAAUAUUGGAUCCUCACCAGCUAUAGUCUCAAGCUCCAUUGCAUUUAGAGUUGGCCCAGGAGCAAGCUAUCAAGCAUUACAUAGAGAUGAUCAUUCAGAGCAUAAUAUAAUUGAACAUCAAGAUUUAUAUAGAUAUGGGUCUGAUACACAAUUAGGCGUUUCUGUUGCUUUGAGUCAAGUCACAAAGCAAAAUGGAGGUACAAGAUUUAUACCAGGAUCACAUUUAUGGGAUCAUUUGAGGAAGCCUAAAGAGGAAGAAUGUAUGACUAUUGAGGUGGAUGAAGGUGAUGGAUUUUUCAUGUUAGGGUCUGUGUUUCAUGGUGCCGGUAAGAACAUAACUAAUGAUGAAUUUAGAACUUUAUUAAUUCUAUUUAUGUGUGCUGCAACUUCAAGACAAAAAGAAAACAUUUAUCUAACAACACCAAUCGAUUAUUUUAAACAAUUUGACACCGAAGAAUUGAAAUUAUUAGGUCUCAGUAUGAGUGAACCAUUUUCUGGUAUGCUUGAGUUACAAGAUGCCAGAGCUAAACUUAAACCAGGAUUUGUAAGAAAAUCAAAUUACUCAGAUGUUUGUCAAGUCUCAGAUGUUAAUUAA